GGCGGUGAGCUGGAGCGAAGCAGCAGCUGUCGGUUAACGGGAGGAACGGGACCGUUUAACACCUGAAACCACCGACAGAGACACCGAGCAGUCAGCGGAGGUUCAGCCGAGGAUCAGAGCCAGAGUCCGGCCGCAGUUAGAUGUGAUUCGGGGGUCAUGGCGGAGCGGCAGGCGGGGAGCUCGUGGAAGAAACACGUCUCGGAGCAGCUGAAGCUCAGAGAUCGAGUCCAGAAACACGCGUUCGAGGAAAUCAUCCACCAGUAUCUCCACCUGCUGGAGAAAGCCGACCUUCAGGCCGUUCUAUCAGAGCGAUAUCAGACUGAGAAGUACGAUCUGCAGAGAGGACACGAUGCCGGGUCGGGGGCAGACUCUGGUCGCAGUGACGCUCUGCAGCAGGAAAUGUCCCAGAUGAGAAUCAAACAUCAAGAAGAACUGACAGAGCUGCACAAGAAGAGAGGAGAGCUCGCUCAGAACGUCAUCGAACUGAAAAAUCAGAUUCAAGAAAAAGACAAAGAGAUCCAGAACAACGAGGCCACGAUGUUGGAUUAUCAGCAGCAGAUCUCUAAGCUGGAGGGAGACUGUCGGGAGCUCCGGAGCUUCCUGCAGGAUCUGGAGAGAGCCAACCAGACGCUGAAGGACGAGUACGACGCGCUGCAGAUCACCUUCAGCGCUCUGGAGGAGAAGCUGAGGAAGACCACCGAGGACAACCAGGAGCUGGUCUCACGCUGGAUGGCUGAGAAAGCUGUGGAGGCCAACCGCCUCAACGCUGAGAACGAGAAGGACAGCAGACGCAGACAGGCCAAACUGCAGAAGGAGCUGGCCGACGCCGCCAAAGAGCCGCUGCCCCUCGACCCGGACGACGACAUCGAGGUGCUGGCCGAGGAUUCUGGGAAAGGAGGUGGAGAGACGUCGCCCAACCGACCGCUCAGCCGGACGUCCAGUAAGAAGGUGUCUCAGCCGCCCCCCGGAGGUCUGCUGGACUCCAUCUCCAACAUAUUUGGCGUGUCUGAGUGUGUUCAGCCUGGACUCGUCCCUCCACACUCCAGCAGGCGUCGAACCGCCAACUCCUUCAGCUCGUCACCCGAGGCCACCGAGGCACCCACGGGCGUCUGCGCCGAGGUCCGGGUCCCCUGCACGGCGCUGCACGUCUUCGACGCCCACGACGGCGAGGUGAACGCGGUGAGGUUCAGCCCCGGCUCUCGUCUCCUAGCAACAGGAGGGAUGGACCGACGCGUGAAGCUGUGGGACGUCGUCUCAGGUCGCUGUGAGCCUAAAGGAGCUCUGACCGGCAGCAACGCAGGAAUCACCAGCAUCGAGUUCGACAGCGCAGGCUCGUAUUUGCUCGCCGCCUCCAACGACUUCGCCAGUCGGAUUUGGACCGUAGACGACUACAGACUGAGGCACACUCUGACGGGUCACAGCGGGAAGGUUCUGGCGGCUCGCUUCCUGUUGGACAACGCUCGAAUCGCCUCCGGAAGCUACGACCGAACACUAAAACUGUGGGACCUCCGCAGCAAAGUCUGUAUCAAGACGGUGUUCGCAGGUUCGAGCUGUAACGACAUCGUGUGCACGGAGCAAUGCAUCAUGAGCGGACACUUCGAUAAGAAGGUUCGAUUCUGGGACAGCAGGGCGGAGACCAUAGUCCAGGAGCUGGAGCUGCUGGGCAGGGUCACGUCUCUGGACCUGAACCAUGACCGCACGGAGCUGCUGACCUGCACCAGAGACGACCUGGUGAAGAUCAUCGACCUGAGAGCCAACGCCGUGAGACACACCUUCAGUGCUCAGGGCUUCAAGUGUGGAGCCGACUGGACCAGAGUCACAUUCAGUCCUGACGGCAGCUACAUCGCCGGAGGAUCAGCUGACGGCGCUUUGUACAUCUGGAACGUUCUGACGGGGAAACUCGACAAGACUCUGGACAAGAACCACAACUCUGCCAUCAACUCGGUGUCCUGGUCGCCGUCGGGAACGUUCGUCGCCAGCGUGGAGAAGGGCAGCAAAGCCAUCCUGUGGUCUGACAUGUGA